AUGGAUGUUGUAAUGUCUUCUUCAGGUCUGGUUCAACUGGGGGUUGUUUUUAGAGAUGAAAUUGGUAAUGUUUUAGCUUCUGCCAUCAAAUGCAUUUUUGGCUCAUGGAUAUCAGAUAUCUCUGAGGCUUUGGCCAUAGCUUUUGGCCUAAGAUUGGUGGUGGAAUUGAGUUUUCCUCAUAUAAUUGCAGAAUCAAAUUGUCAGCAUCUUAUUGGGCUAUUACAAGCUAAGGAGACUCCUCACAGUCCCCUUGGGUAUGUGAUUCAAGAUUGCAUUGAAUGGUCUCAUCUGUUGAACCAUUGUUCUUGGUCAUUCACUAAAAGAUCUGGCAACUUUGUUGCCCCUGCUUUAGCUGAGUUGGAUGAUUUCUCUUAUGCGAAGCAAGAAUAUGUUUGGAUUGAAGAUAUUUUAAUGCUAUUUCUGUUGUUCUUGCCCUUGACAUGUCUUUGCUUCAGUAAUGAUGUAUCUUGCUUUUAUUUGGUUUAA